AUGAUACUCCCUACUUUACUGUGUAUUGUUUUUUUCUACUUGAAAAGUUUCACAGUAUCAGCAGUGUUCGCUGAUGAAGCUUACAUCGUUGAUUGGCAAAUACAGAAUAUUGGAAGUUCGUACCAGUGUAUUAUCAAUGAUGAUUCCAAUAAUGUUUUAGUUGUAUUAUCAGAUAUGGAUGAUAAAUCACUUCUAACAUAUCUAAAUGAAACGAAUGGUAGACUUCUUUCUAGACAUUUACUUGAUUUCAAGGCAAUUGAUGCAAUGCAGGUUAAAGACACUUCCAACUUUCUUUUGAAAGAUUCCUACAAUCAAAUACAUGCAUUUGAAAGUGAGCAUGGAUUCCCAACUGAACUAAACCUCGAUGGUGUGAAAUUUAAAAGUUCAUGUUCACCAAAUUUUAAGAAUAUUAACGUGGGCAAUCAAGUGUUAGAAGUCAAAGACCCUGAAACAUCUCUGAUCUUGUUUAACGCUACAUUGCCAUUGAAUUACAAGGCAAUUAAAUUUCUAGAAACUGAUUAUGCCUCAUUGUUGAAGAUACUAAUUGAAACUGAUGAUGCACGUUUCAUAUUCCAAUCGUAUAAAAACGGAGAAUUAAUCGAUGAAUGGGAAAAGGACGAAUCAUUGAAUGACAUCGCUGAUUUCACCUUUAUUGAAGUUACAGAUAAGUCAAUUGAUACAAUUGCUGAUGAUUUAGCAGCUGAAAGCAAUAUUUCAAACCCACUGAAAGCAUAUUCGUUAAGAGUUUCUAACAAUUGGCGUAGAAUGAUGUCAUUAUUGCAAAGAAAUAAUUACAAUCCUGGAAAGAUAUUAACUGAGUUACUUUCUUUACAACCUGAUGAUGAAAUGGAUGAAAGUGUAACAACGGAAUUGAAUUUGAAAUUUGGGUUCUCCAAAUAUUUGGUUGUUGUUACGAAAUAUGGCACAGUUUCUGCAUUGGAUAUUACCAAAAAGGGCUCAAUUGUCUGGCAAUUUCAUUUGGAUAUGAAUAACGUUUUAUCCAUAGAGUAUAAUGACCAAACGGAAGAACUCACUGUUGUUGCCCAAGAUGGUACCUUUAACAUCAUCAGCACCGAUAAAGCUUUACAUCCCGUACUCAAGACAAGCAAGAGAUUGGAUGGAGGUAGCAUUGAGUUAAUAAAGAGGGUACCAGAUCAAGAUAAAUAUUUUGUUAGAUUUACAAAUCAAGAAAAACGUAUUAUUUCUUUUGAAGGACAAGUAGUUGGAUCCAAAGACUUAGGCAAAACGUUUGUCACAGAUCAUACUGAACAUGAUGUGUUUGGUCAUGUCGUGAAAGAAGAUGGUAGCGUACAAGACACUUGGAAUGUCAAGAUGUCUUCUCAUGAAAAGAUUGUAGCAUUUGCUGCUAGAGAAGAUUACUCUCCAGUAAACAUUGGUACUGUUUUAGGGAAUAGGGAUGUUUUAUACAAAUACCUAUAUCCGAAUUUAGCUGGUUUUAUUGUCUUAAACGAGAAAACACAGACAUUAUUCAUUAAUGUUAUCGACACCGUUACGGGUGAAUUAUUGCAUACUCAAGCACAAAAAGACAAACCUGAUACCCAAUUCCCAGUGAAUAUUAUUUUUGGUGAGAAUUGGUUUAUAUACUCAUAUUUCAGUACGGAACCUAUUCCAGAACAAAAAUUAGUUGUGGUUGAACUUUACGAAUCAUUGACUGCCAACGAAAGAAUUUCAACUCCAGAUACCUUUAUGAAUUCCAGUAAAAGUCUCAUUAAACCAGCUGCUAUUAGUAAAGCUUAUUUUUUCCCUGAAAUCAUCAAGACAAUGUCGCUUUCUCAUACCAAGUAUGGUAUUACAACCCAGGCAUUACUACUUGAAUUGGAAAGCGGUCAGAUUACAUAUAUUCCCAAGGUAGUUCUUAGUGCCAGACGUAAACCAGAAUCUGAAAUGACAGAUGAUGAUAAGAAGGAAUUUAUGGCCAGUCCUUAUGUUCCUGCUAUUCCAUUGAAUGAUCAUUUUAUCAUCACUCAUUAUAGGAACUUAUUCACAGGUGCUAACUCUAGACUAGCCUCAGUAGCUACUAACCUAGAAUCAACUUCAAUUAUCUGUGAUAUUGGGCAUGAUAUUUUCUGUACAAGGAUUGCUCCAUCAGGCCAAUUUGAUAUGAUGAGCCCAACUUUUGAAAAGGGAAAGUUACUGGGAACGAUAGUAGUUUUGAUUGCACUAUGCUUUUACCUACGUCCAAGCGUCUCCACUAAGAAAUUGAAAACAAUGUGGUUGGUUAAGGAUUAG